AGAGACAGAAGCUUCAACCUGCAGCUCAGCAACACAGAUGAAAAGAGAACCUGAUGGAGAGGACUGUAAAGGACCAGAACCAUGCAGGAAUCCAAGUCCAGAUAGUCAUUCGCAACCACAUCUGGAUGAAAAAGCUUCAGAGACCAGCGGUGAUGACGAUGAUGAUUAUGAUGACCAUGAUACGAAUGCAGUGUCUUUAGUUUCAGAAUGUGAAAAUGCAGAAAGAGACAAUGAUUUGAGGCCAAUAUCAGUCACUGAAACUACCAAAAGAUCCUUCGGAUACUCAGAGUGUGGUAAACAAUUACUCUCCAAACAGUCUCUUCAGAAACACAUGAAGCUCCAUCCAGAAAAGGAUUCUUCCAUCUCUCUGGUUGAUGAACGUUUUAGAGAGAAACCAAAUGAGAAUCCACAAAAAAAAAGUCACACUGCUGAGAAACCGUUUCCUUGUAGUGAUUGUGGCAAAAAGUUCAGACGUAAGGCUGACCUUAAAUGUCACAUGUGGAUUCAUAAUGGGGAGAAACAGUUUUCUUGUAGUGAUUGUGGCAAGAAGUUUAGAUACAACAGUCAGCUUAAAGAUCACAUGUCGAUUCACACUGGGGAGAAACCGUUUCCUUGUAGUGAUUGUGGCAACAAGUUUAGACGUGAGCGUGACCUUAAAUAUCACAUGUGGAUUCAUAAUGGGGAGAAACAGUUUUCUUGUAGUGAUUGUGGCAAGAAGUUUAGAUAUAACAGUCAGCUUAAAGAUCACAUGUCGAUUCACACUGGGGAGAAACCGUUUCCUUGUAGUGAUUGUGGCAAAAAGUUUAGACGCGAGUGUCACCUUAAAUAUCACAUGUUGAUUCACACUGGGGAGAAACCGUUUCCUUGUAUUGAUUGUGGUAAAGAGUUUAGAUGUAAGGAUACGCUUAAAUCUCACAUGUUGAUUCACACUGGGGAGAAACCAUUUACUUGUAGUGAUUGUGGUAAAGAGUUUAGAUGUAAGAAUACGCUUAAAUAUCACGUGGAUUCACACUGGGGAAAAUCCAUUUCAUGUACUACUUCAUUAACAUCACAGGAGCAAACAACAGCAGAGAACAACCCCUGCUUGGUGACUAUGCGCUACCUAGUGGUCACUAACUCACCACAUCCAUGGUAACAUAUAACUCAAAUACAUAGCGGCCAAAAUGAAAAUAUUGGAACAAGUUGAGGGCCCGUCUGGUUCAGUGUUUAUUAAAAACUUUUUAAUGACCUUAUUGCACACAUUUAACUUGGAACUAACAGAGCCUAUUAGUUAUCACCCAUAAAACAACAUCAAUCAUUAAAUAA